AUGGCGGAUUCCGCUCCGAACUUGGACAUCUCCCAGACAGACGUCACGUCUGCCUCGGACAUGUCCUCACUUCUGGACUCGGGCAUGGGCAUUUCUGUUUCGUCUUCCUCUACUUUGGUGUCUCCCACUCAUCCUGUUUCUGUUUUGGGCUCUAUUGGGGCCCCAUCUACUGGGACCGUCUCUCCUGAGACUGUCGCCAUCAACCCUGUCUCCCUCCCCUUGACUGAGACUCAAGGUCGUCAGCCUCUUCUUCUUUCAAUCCCUGUCUUCGGUCUUCCCACUCCUUGCAGCUCUGCUUUGGGCAAAGUCCAGCCUGCAGUCGCCUACUCUGAGGCACCUCUAGACAGGCCUUUUCCGUGGUCUUCUCGUGACCCAAGCCGUUUUGGCAGUUUGGGGCAUGAUGCGAGUGCACUUGCAAGCUCUGUUAUUGAGAGUAUUGAGCAUCAGGACAUGACCCAUAAAUCCCAGCAGCUGAUACAGUGUGACGGCCCAGCAGAUGAUGGUCCUGAUAUGAUGGACACACGUUCUGUCGGUCAACCAUGUGCUGAGAAUUUCGUCAGUCAGGAACGACAGGACCAGCAACAGCGUCCCCGCGCUCACUCUAUGCAGCCUCUGAACUCAUUCACAGUGUCCAGAGAGACACUCACUUCCGCGCCACUGCCAGGCAUAGAUCUGUUGCGUGAUCUUUCCAUGGUUGAUAACCAGGGAAACGAGGUGUCUAUGGCCUCGACGCAGGCUCAGAUAUCCCAAGUUCAUUCUCUACGGGCUGAAAUCCAGGACGCCGAGGCUCAAAAAGUCCAGUCACACUUGCAGCGAUUUCAUCGUGGAUUUCAGCGAGGAUUUCAGCGGUCAUACAGCCAGCAGCCUGUGGUGACUCUUCCUGAGGACUUUGAGCUGGCUGUUGCCAGAAUUUUUACGUCUGCUGGCCAACACCAACAACCUGCACUGGCCACAAUUCCGGAGAUCCCAUCGCUCUUUCAGCGGGUGCUGACUGGGCUAAAUGCUCGUGGUCAGCCUGCCAUGAACCAGCAGCCUCCAUUUGACACCAACUCUGCCGGUGGCCCUGCUUUGACUAGUGGCCAUGAUACAGAGAUUGGUCCUGAGUACUCUCUGUCACAAAAUUCUGUCCUGGGUCUUACUGCUGUUGUUUCUACUGGCUUUUCUACUGAUCUUUCUAAUGAUAUGUCUACUGGCCUUACUUCUGGUCGUCCUUUGGUCUCACCUCAAGGCCAAGGUCGUCGAGUUCUUCCUCCGAAUCCCGUCGUCCACCUGCCGACUUAUUGCAGCCCUACCCUGACCAAGGGAUUGCCUGUAGUUGUCUUUCCUCUUCCUCCUGCUAUGUCUUCCUCUACUUCCGCUGCCUUAAACAUGGAUGAUUCGGUUCCUUCGAGCCCUGAGGACUGCAAGUGGCGCCAGGUUGACCAACAUGAAUACAACAUGGCGUCGGGAGACUGGGACCGCAUGCCAACCCAAGGCUUUUUGGGCGCCGGGAUAUCGAUCGAUUCCGGUGCUCCAAGCGUUGCCCAUGACUCGAAGUUUGAACAGGUUGCUCCAGGCGACCCUUUGGCUCAUUUAGAACGGCGUGACAUCCUAGACAUUACCAGCAGCUCCUUGAACAUGAACCCCAAAGAUUCGGAGUGCCGCCCUGUUCAAACUCUGGGGUCGAUUGUUGUGGGCAGCUUGAUGGACAACCAGGUGUUAUUCGUCUUCAAUAUGUUUGACCUUAUGGCCAAUCUGCGGCCCCGGUAUGAAUACAAGUACGGUGGCAAAAAUGGAAAGAAGAUUGGCGUCAGAUUGACAUUGUGGGGGCACACCGUCCUGAUUGCCCCGAUAUCUGAGUCACUCCAUGAAGCCAGGGUCACUGCUUGUCGCGAAGCCCUUGAACAAUUGCGUGGAUUCAACAUGCUGUGGCAGAUCCCGCCUCAGCCAAUGGAUGGGCCCACGAGCCCUUCCUGGAACUGGGUUGAAGUGCUUGAAGUCUACCGCAUAAUGCAGAAGUGGCCGGAGCCUCGAUAUCUGCCCAUCAGGGAUGGCCGCGCAUGGCACUGUGAUGUUCACGUGGGCAGAAAGCUUUACCGCACCAUGAAGCCAGUCCCAACGCUUGAUGAGGCUCAAAAUACUGUUGCCCAUCUGGCAAUACAUCAGAUGAUGGUUGGCGGAGGUGAUUAUGAUCAUUUUUCCAUCCUGCCGGCGGAUAAACCGGUGACGGUGAACGUACCGACCCAGAAGCAGAUAGCCACGCUUCUGUAUUCGAAGAAUGCCGAUGCUCUAAAGAAUACAGGCACCACUGUUCAAUAUGCGGGUGUAACGAAGUCUACUGUCUUGCCCAAGUUCAGGCGAUCCAGAGGCAGGGGUUGUCGGUCUGGCUCUCAAUCUCAGAAUAAUGCUCAACAGAAUACCCAGGUUCGUUCAAAUGUACCUAGAGCGGACAAGGCAAAGAACGGAAAUUGCUCCGCUCUGAUCCCGGCAAAAGCCAACUCAAACAUGAUCCCCGUGACUGGCAGUCGAUAUGUACCUAUCAAGGUACAGGAAGAGCCCGCCAAUGAUCCCUUGGCAACCCUGCGAUCAAUUGUGAAGGCUCUCGGCGAAUUGGACAAAGAGGCUUCCUUCACGAGUGUCGUGAGAAUGAUUUGUGACGCUUUGCAUGCCAACGCACCCAAUAUGGUGGUCAACAUGGUCCCAAAGAAGUUAAACAAGCUUGCCAACUCCUACGCAGUACUCGCCUCGAUUCAUGGUGGCAACCCAUACUUGAACCGGGCUAGCCCAAUUCACCUGGCCUACGUCGUGAGCAAGAAUAAAGAGGCUGCCAAGGCUAUCGGGGUCAAGAAGCUGAUUUUGUACAUCCUGAAGAUGGCAAAAGAAGACGCUGGUAUCGAAGACGCUGCUGAAUAUCCGAAUGGAAUGGGUGUCCUGCAAGCGCUAGAGGAUGAGUGCGAGCAGUCACUGAACGCCUACAAGACCCAGGGCGAGUUCUUCCUCCUUUGA